UAUGCGAUUAUUUUGAAGUUUGCGAAAGAGGUUAAAUUUAAAUACGUGGCCCCUUUCGGCCCUUUCUAAAUUUUUGGAAAACAAUUCAAAAAUAAGGCUGAAAAAUGAAGUAUUCUUAUUUAUAUUUAGCAUUUCUGGUAUCAUGUUUUAAAUACUGUUACGGAUAUAUUGUAACAGUAGAUGCACAUGCAGAGGAAUGCUUUUUUGAGAAGGUGGAAGCUGGCACAAAACUUGGUUUGACUUUUCAAAUAGCAGAAGGAGGAUUUUUGGAUAUAGAUGUUCGAAUUAUGUCUCCUGAUGGAAAAGUAUUACACGAAGAAGAGAGACAAAGUUCAGGAAAAUACACGUUUGCCGCUCAUUAUCCUGGAAUCUAUACAUUCUGCUUUUCAAACAAAAUGUCUACAAUGACUCCGAAAGUUGUAAUGUUUGAUGUAGCUGUAGGUGAGCCGCCUAAGCAAGAUGGACAAGAGGAAGGUCAAACAGCCAAUAAACUGGAAGAAAUGAUCAGAGAAUUAUCAGCUUCCCUGGUUGCAGUGAAACAAGAACAAGAGUAUAUGCAAGUUAGAGACAGAAUUCAUCGAGCUAUAAAUGAAAACACAAACUCUAGAGUUGUGAUGUGGUCAUUUUUUGAAGCUUUUAUUCUAGUCGCUAUGACCCUUGGUCAAGUCUACUACUUGAAGAGAUUCUUUGAAGUUAGAAGAGUAGUAUAAAAAUAUAUUUGUGGUCUCAACAAAGUGAAGUGGUGUGUGCUGCAGGUUUGCAACCAGGAAA